AAUAUUCUGAUUAUUAUAACUAUUUUACUACGCACAACGAGGAUACAUUUCGACCAGGUAUCCCUGUUAUCGAUAUAAUCAGUCAUACGGAAUUUUCCGGAGCAGGCGGACAAGCUCGUACCUGAUGUCUGCCGCUCAGUACCUUUCUGUACCGUUGUACGUCUACCUCGGUGGCGAUACAAAUGUUUGAAAACAAUUUUCAUAGUGGAGUUAGUUUUCCGGAGCAGGCGGACUGGUACAAAGUUAGAUCCGCCAUAGCUUUCAAUUAUAUUCCCUAUAAUUUCUAGGGUAAUAUCUACAAAACAGAGUGGAAAGGUUUAUAUACUAAAUGACCAGGACGUAUAUGUUAAGACUUAGUUAUAAUAUACAGACGUCUACUUUGACUAUAUAUUUUAUAAUGUAAGCUUACUAUAAGUAAACCGGAGUUUCCGGUAUAUACUAUAAACUUUCGAUACUCAUGUAUCAAUUUACUUUACAGGUGGUACGUUGUCAGAUGACGGCUUGUGCUGCUGUACUUCAACGAGCGUGCGGGCAUGAGGUCUGUAGGUCUCAUGCACCUUGUGCUGUGCAAGUAGACGACCUUGUUGUUUGGCACCCAGAUGCGUGUGAGAUCUGCUAUGGGCUUGUUGCUGAUAUAACCACGGACUCGACCCCUCAGGCUGUCAAGAAUACAUCUCUUUCGACCCUCAAGAUCUGGGUUGGCGGAUUCGGCCGCAAUGUUAAGGCCAAGAAGCCUUACAUUUUGUCGGAGGAAAUAUGUAACCUCCUCUACCCGAAUGCCAAGAUGUCGGCAGCGGUACCCAAGGAAGUGGCAGCACCCAUCAUUGCCAAAAUUAGAGAAGAUACGCAGUCCUUACCGGAAGAUCUUGAGGGAUUGGGGGAAGGGGUAUUAGAGGAUGUGGCAGCGAUCAGUCUGGACAUAGAGCCCAUGGUUCUGGAUACCAACGAACAAGGUAGGGAGGUAAGUGUGGCAGGUAGCGUACGGUCUAAGAUCCCUGUUCUUAGUCCGGCACCAUCUUUGACUUCUUCCCAAACUUCUUUUCAGGGGUUUACUGCAAAGACCAUGGUUGGGGACAAACCAGGCUCAGUAGCCCCUAAGAUCAAACACUUGAGGAAGGCCUUACCGAAGCCAAGUAAACCAUCUAGGUUACCCAGACUUACCAAGUCAUUAUCGGCUUCCAAAUCAUCGGAGAUCCCGGUAGCAGCUACUCCCCUACAACACGGGUCAAGAGCAAGAAGCUCGAAAUCUAAGACUUCGGAACCUCCCUUCGAUCCAGUAGCCUUCUCUAAUCUCUUGAUGGAGAGGAUGGGUAAUAUGGUCCAAUCCCAGAUUGGAACCAUUGCGGAUCGAUUGCAGUCUAUGGACACUUUUGCCCAGAGACUGCAAAACCAGGAGAAUAUGAUCGAAAACCUCCUAAGAACCGGACUGCCACAACAACAGCAGUUUGUGAUUCCGGACGCCUCAAAACUUCCAUCGUUCGUAAAGAGCAAUCCGUGGCGGUUGGCUUUACAUGCCCCAUUCGUGGAUGGCAUGUUAACCCUGGAAGGAUGUGGAACCCGGCCCGUAGACGACUUUUGAGUUCUACCCGCCGGGAUUGCAAUUUCCCUUCCCGGGAUACGCAUGCCGAUGGAAGAGGCGCUCGUAAGACUGGAUAAGAUCCCGAAAGAGACGAUGAUCUACCCGAAGGAACAAGCUCAGUCCCCAUGGGUCCGGACACUUAACGAAUGGGAGUGUGUUAACACAAUGUUGUCCCCCCAUAAGAGCUCAUACACAAUGUUCGUGGUAGAGGGUCAAACACCAACCCCUUGCACUACAAAAGUGGUUGACCUUGCUCUUCAAGCGGCUAUGGAGGACAAACCCAUGCCACAGCUAAGAGAGACGGAGUUGACUUCGUUGCUUUUCCCAGGAGAUCAAGAAUGUUGGGUUGAUGCACAAGCCACUUUCACCACAGGGAAACUGAACACUGACUGUGCUUCUACACAGUUUAGUGAUAAGCUUCCUAGGCUUCCGGACUCCUUAGUCAGGAUCGAGUAUGAUGCACGUACUCGAUUAAGUAGGUCCAUCAACUCAGCUACAAUGGCGGAAAUGGCUUCGCUAGUAUAUCCAGAGGAGCCAUUAUUCAAAAUCCUCACUAAGUCUCUCCUUCUCACACUCCAGAGUGACGCAUAUGACUUUGCUGUGGCCCGCCGCAAUUGCAGAAAGCAUGUUCUUUCAGAGGCAACAAUUAGGCACGAACCAUAUAAGCUUAUUAAAGCUUCACUUUGGGGUCCAGAUCUAUUCCCGGAGGACAUUGUCAACAGUGUCCUAGGAGAGGCAGCUAGAGUCAAUCAGUCUCAAAGUACGUUGGGGCCUGAUGCCCAAACGAAAAUUUGAGCAAUCCGGGAAUCAGGCAAAAGGCAGGAAGAGGUUUAGGAAGUUCCAGUCAUUCCAGGCUCCACAGACUCAAGCUGUAGUUCAGACGAUUCCCGUGCCUCAAGUGAAUCAGCCUUCUACUUCUAAAUCCCAGCCCCAGCAACAAUAUGUUUGGGUGGGUCAACCACCUCAACAACAAGCUACUACUGCCUUUACACCUUCUCCGGCUUUUAACCCUACCUUUGAAACACAAGGCCAGAGGAAACUUUCGCCAUCGAGGCGGAAGGGCUUCAACAAGAGGCAGGGGAUCCCGAGGGAACCGGGGAAACAGACCCUCUUCAAACCAGUGAGACCUCCCAGGUAGGGGGAAGGCUGUACAAUUUUCGAAGCUGUUGGAAAUUCAGCAAGUGGGCUUUCAGCAUAAUAUCCAAGGGUCUGGGGAGGAGUUGGAUAAAAGGGCCCCCUCCACUAACCAGUUUUCAUCAAGCUCCAACGGCAGAACUAGACCUAUACACCAAAGAUCUUCUGCAAAAGAAUGCAGUAAGAUAAGUAAAAUCUUUGAAAUUUCAAGGACGCUUGUUCAGCGUUCCAAAGAAAGACUCAGACCAAAGAAGGGUAAUUCUAGACUUGUCACAUCUGAAUACAUACAUUCAAUGCGACAAGUUCCAUAUGUCACCACCUCUAUAGAUCUUACAGACGCUUACUAUCAUGUUCCGAUAGCAAGGCAUUUUCGUCCCUUCCUAGGAUUCAAACUAGGCAGAAGGGCAUACUCAUUCAAGGUGAUGCCAUUUGGACUCAGUAUAGCGCCCAGGAUAUUUACGAAGCUGGCGGAGACAGUAGUCCAAGAGCUGAGAACUCAAGGAAUACAGUUAGUGGCCUAUCUAGACGAUUGGCUUAUAUGGGCCAGCAAUGUAGAGGAAUGCCUAAAGGCGACAAACAAGGUCAUAAAAUUUUUGGAACACUUAGGAUUCAAAAUAAACCGGCAGCACGUUUCCAAUGGUUAGGACUGCAAUGGAACCUAAUCACACACGGACUAUCUCUUCCCUCAACAAAGAGGAAAGAAACAGCAAAGAAAACGAAAAGUUUUCUCAAGGACAAAUUAACGUCCAGGAGAAAGCAAGAAAGGAUUCUAGGCUCACUUCAGUUUGCAUCAGUAACAGACACAUUACUGAAGGCAAAACUGAAAGAUAUAAAUCGAGUACGGCGAUCCAAGGCGAACAAGAGGAAACGAGACAAAAUCUCUCUAAUCCCACCAAUACUGAAGAAAAGACUUCAACCUUGGACCAAUGUCAAGAAUCUGGCAAAAUCGAUUCCCCUACGAUUUCCACCACCAGCGUUAGUAAUACAUACAGACGCCUCUCUAAGCGGUUGGGGAGGCUACUCCCAAUACGAAAAAGUCCAAGGUUUGUGGUCAGUAACGUUUCGUCAACUCCACAUCAACAUAUUGGAGGCCAUGGCAGUGUUCUUAACUCUAAAGAAACUAGCCCCGGCAAAGAAACAACAAAUCAGAUUAAUUCUGGACAACGAAGUAAUAGUCCAUUGUUUAAACAGAGGGGGAUCCAAGUCAAGUCACAUAAAUCAUGUGAUGAUAGCAAUCUUUUCGAUUGCAACAAGGAACCAAUGGCACCUGUCAGCUGUGCACCUGGCAGGAGUGAGAAAUGUGGUAGCAGACGCACUUUCGAGGACAACUCCGCUGGAGUCGGAAUGGUCAUUGGACAAAGAUUCAUUCAAUUGGAUUUGUCAACAGAUUCCGAACCUUCAAGUGGACCUAAUCACCACGGAAUCCAACAACAAACUAAAAUGUUAUGUUGCUCCCAACCUGGACCCUCUGGCCUAUGCCAUGGACGCCAUGUCUAUAGACUGGAACACCUGGCAAAGAAUUUAUCUGUUCCCUCCGAUAAACAUGUUAAUGAAAGUUCUGGACAAGCUCAGGACUUUCAAAGGUCAAAUAGCUCUGGUAGCCCCCAAUUGGCCCAGGAGCAAUUGGUUUCCUCUGGUGGUAGAACUGGGACUCCUCCCUCGGCGGAUUCCCAGCCCCAAGUUGACACAAGUAGUACAAACUCGCAGUGUGUUAGCUUCCUCAAGAAUUCGGAGUGCCCUAACUUAUGGACUUUAUGAAAUUUGCAGCACAAAGAGAUGCUGACAUUGAUCCUCUAAAUACCUUGUUUCUAGAGUCAGAUAAAAGAGAAUCAACCCUUCGUCAAUAUGAUUCGGCUGUAAGAAAACUGGCAAAGUUUUUAAGAGACUCUAAGGUUAGAGCAAUGACUCGGAACCUAGCAGUUACCUUUUUUAGGACCCUGUUUGAAACAGGACUAGCAGCUAAUACAAUUACAACAAUUACGUCUGCUUUGAAGAAAAUAUUUCAGAUUGGUUUUAAUAUUAAUCUUACAGAUUCAUAUUUUUCAUCAAUCCCAAAAGCUUGUGCCAGACUAAAACCAGUAACCCGCCCCCACACAGUUUCCUGGUUUUUAAAUGACAUUCUUAAACUGGCCUCUGAGACUAAUAAUGACUCAUGUUCAUACAUAACACUGUUUAGAAAGACUUUAUUUUUGGUAAGUUUAGCAUCUGGAGCCAGAAUAUCUGAACUUUCAGCAUUAUCUAGAGAACCGAAUCAUAUUGAUUUUCUCGCAUCUGGAGAAGUACAAAUCUUUCCGGACAAGAGAUUUUUAGCAAAGAAUGAGGAUCCACAGAACCGAUGGUCACCGUGGAAGAUUGUCCCACUUCCACAGGAUCCAUCCUUAUGUCCAGUUAACACUUUGAAAGCUUAUCUGAACAGAACUUCCAAUAAGUCUUCAGGCCCUUUAUUUAUUAGAGAAAAUGGAGGAACCAUUUCCUUGAAAGGAAUUAGACUGCAGAUACUUUAUUUUAUCAAACAAGCUAACCCAGAAUCAAUUCCACAUGCUCAUGAUAUUCGAGCAGUAGCCACAUCAGUUAAUUAUUUUCACCAUAUGAAUUUUGAAGAUUUAAAAAAGUAUACAGGUUGGAAAUCACCAUUAGUAUUUAAACGUCAUUACUUAAAAUCCUUGGAAGCCCUAAAGUUUGCAACAGUGGCAGCAGGAAAUGUAGUUCCUCCUGAUAUAUCAGAACCAUCUUAAGAAGUUUAAUUCUUUUAUAUUCCUUACCUGUCUUUCUCCCCUACCUGCCUCAUUUAUUGUCCCUGCCUUAGCCUUGGUACUCACCUGUAAUAUAUUUACCUGUUCUUGUACUGAACAUUUAGUUUAUUUAAUGUAAUUGAAUAGUUUUAAGAUAUAUUGUAAUAUCUUUUUUGGUAUGUUUCCAAAAAACUUUUGGAACCUUAAUUUUUUUGGUACCAUAGUGGUAUAUAAAUUUAUUCUGUAUAAAGGGCUAGUAGUAGACACCUUAGUUUACUUGUUUUGGAGAUGUUUUUCCUGAAUAAGUUUUCAAUAACUUAUUAAAUUUUCUAUCAGUUUAUAUUAGAUUUGUAAGUUUGAUAUAGUAUUAAACAUCCUUGUUUAUAUAUCCUGUUUUUUA